AUGCAGUCUACUGAGAGAGAAGCUAGGAUGGAAGAGAGAGAGAUGAGAAAGAUAGAGAUGGAAAAAGAGGUACGUUUAAAAGAGUUAGAGCUUAGAGAGAAAGAAAUGGCUCAAGGUGUUGCACCACCACAGACACAUUCAAGUUUGAAGUCGAAACUUCCUAAAUUUAAGGAAGGUGAAGACCCAGAUGUAUUUUUAAGGUCCUUUGAGAAAUUGGUGGUUUUGCAUAAAAUACCCAAGUCUGAGUGGGCCCUUAGAUUAGUCCCUUUACUUUGUGGGAAAGCUUUAGAGGCAUUUUCUAGAUUGUCUGAAGAGGACAGUAAAAAUUAUGAUAAAAUUAAAUCUGCUAUUUUAUGUAGAUACGAGCUUACUGCCGAGGCAUACAGGGAGAAGUUCAGAAGUGAACGCCAGUCUUCGGAUGAGUCAUUUAAGGAAUUUUCAGUCAGACUAGUAGGUUUUCUUAGACAUUGGUUGGAGCGUGAGUUGAUAGGCACUGAUUUUGAUAGAUUUGUUGAUUUAGUUACUAGAGAACAGUUAAUGGUAAGUUGUAAUAAAGAGCUCAAACUUUGGAUCAAGGAACAGAAACCGAAAACAAUUGAUGAGUUGGUAGACAAAGCUGAGGCUUUUCAGCAAGCACAUAAAGAUGAACAGGUAAGUUCUAAAUCAGUUGGGAGAAUUGACACCGACCAAUCUAAACAACAAGGUAGAUAUAACCAAUCAAAAGGAAGACAACCUGACACUAGGACUUGUUUUAUUUGUAAGAACAUUGGUCAUAUAGCUACGCACUGUCCUACAAGGACGAACCGGUCAAAGGAGGAUAAUUUUAAGCCAGGUAAGUUUGGUUUGUGCAUACAGAGUAGACAGGAGUAUAGAGUAGAUGAUUAUAUUAGUGGUGUGACUGUUAGGUUGCCUGGUGUUUCAUGUAAUGGCGACAAGGUACAGGUACAUGGACUUGAUAUAGUAGAAGGUAAGAUCGAUAGUGAUAAAAUCUCAGUUUUGAGAGAUACAGGUUGUUCUACUGUAUUUGUUCAUAGUAGGUUUACGUUUACUAACCCAGAUUGUCUUACAGGUCAGACUAGAGACAUAUGUUUAGCAGAUGGUUCAGUGAAGCAGUGUCCAGAAGUAUGUAUUAAUAUUUCUACUCCUUAUAUUUCAGGUGAUAUUAUUGCAUUGAUCUUAGAUACACCGUUUGCAGAUCUGAUUGUUGGAAACUAUGUGAACACAUCAGUACCACAUAGUGUCGAUGGUUUAUCAGUGACUAGUGGAGAAGAUAUUUUUGUUUCAGGUGACUCAGUCCCAUGUCAUGCAGUUGAGACUCGAUCUCGAAAGAAGAAGCAGGAUGAAGCAGAUAUUAUGAUUGAUCAGACGAAUGUUCAGCGUAGUAGCGAUAUACCUAUAUCUCAUUCUAUAGAUUUUUCAGACGUAUGCCAUGAGUUUAAGAUUUGUGAUAGGAAGCAGUUGAUUGAGUUACAGAAGACAGAUGAGACUUUGGAUAAGGUAAAAUCUUAUGUAAGUGAUGUGCAUGAUAACCCAGCAUCUUAUUUUAUAUAUAAUUCAGAUUUACUAUAUAGAGUGUAUACUAAGCCAAGUGGUGAAGUUAUUCAGCAAAUUGUAUUACCAAGCAAGUUGAGAGGAACAGUUCUUUCGUUGGGACAUGAUAUUCCGUUGGCAGGUCACCUUGGGAAUAAGAAAACAAGAGACAGAAUCAUGCAGCACUUUUUCUGGCCAGGUAUAUUUAAUGAUAUUGCCGAAUACUGUAGGUCUUGUCCAGAUUGUCAGAUAGGUACAUCGAAGGGUAGAGUACCACGUGCUCCAUUGAUUAGCAUACCACCUAUGGAUGAGCCAUUUCAGCGCAUUGCUAUUGAUUUUGUUGGCCCUUUGCCUAUGACUGAUGACAAAAACCGUUAUGUACUUGUUUGCGUCGAUUAUUCCACUAAAUAUCCAGAAGCAAUUCCUUUAAAAGACCAAGAAGCUUCUACAGUCGCUAAUGCUCUUAUAAGUUUAUUUUCUAGAGUUGGCAUACCCAGGGAGCUGUUGACAGACCAAGGCAGUAACUUUAUGUCAGAGCUGAUGGUUGAGGUAUGUAGACUAUUAAAGAUAAGUAAGUUACGCACUAGUCCUUAUCAUGCUAUGUGUAAUGGACUCUGUGAAAAGUUUAACGGUGUACUGAAGAAAAUGUUGAAGGCAUAUGCACGACAGACACCAAAAACAUGGGAUGUAUAUAUCCCCUACUUAUUAUUUGCAUAUCGGGAGGUACCAAAUGAGAGUACUGGUUUCUCACCGUUUGAAUUGUUAUAUGGCAGGCACAUUAGAGGACCUCUAGCAGUACUUAAAGAAGAGUGGGAAGAGCCUAGUACAUGUCAAAACUCUGUGUUGAGUUAUUUAUUAGACACUAGAGAAAAGUUGAGAACAAUGGCUGAGUACGCCAUUGAAAAUGAAACAAAAGCGAAACAAAGACAGAAGUUUUAUUAUGAUAGAAAAGCUAGAGACAGAAAGAUUGAAGUUGGUCAAAAGGUGCUUAUAUUAUUGCCUACACAUACAUCAAAGCUGUUAGCGAGUUGGAAAGGACCAUUUAUAGUGACUGAUAAAGUUAGUCCUGUUGACUAUAAGGUCAAGGUUAGAGGAAAAGACAAAGUAUUUCAUGUAAAUAUGUUGAAGUUAUGGCAUGAGCGGGUAGAUAAUGAUCUUGAUAAUAAUGUCACAACAGAUAUUGCUGCGUGCUUAAAUGUAAUUUCAGGUCUUAACACAGAUGAAGGCACAGAUGAUAGUGAGAUGACUACAGAUAUAACUCCAGUGUUGAAAAGCAAAGAAAAUGUAGAUGACGUUACGAUCUCACCAGAAUUGACAACUGUCGAAAAACAGCAGCUUAAAGAAUUAUUAUCAGAAUAUGAAGACAUCUUUAGUGACGUACCUAAGGUAACAAAUAUUAUAGAACAUAGAGUAGUUACAAAAACAGAUGAACCGAUUUACCAACGUCCGUACCCACUACCAUACGCACUUAGAGAUAAGGUCAGAGAAGAGAUUGACAAUAUGUUAGCUGCAGGUACCACUUGA